GUUAUAGAAAGCAAUUAAAUGUUCAGAAAAUAAAUAAAAAGGAAAAGCCAAAAAGCUGAUUGGAAAAAAAAGGGAAAAAAAAAAAGAAAUUGUAAAAGAAGAGGGGGCGUCCGUGAUGGAGACUACGCAUUCUGUACCACGCGCCUGGUGUCACUAUCAUUACCCAAACUUUCUCUCUUUCUCUCUCUUCUUUCUCUCUCUACUUUGUCCCCUUUAUAUAUCGAUCUUCUCCGCUCUGCCGCCGCACCCCUCACCUCAACGCCGCCUCCCCUUUCCAUUUUUUCUGAUCAGCGUUUGAGUUCCACUCGCUCCCAUGGAGGAUCCCACCACCACCGCCACCGCCGCCGCCUCCUCCAAGAAACGCCUCCGAGUCGACUCACACGACUCGGACUCCGACUCGCCGGAGGUCAAGCGAAUCAGAGACGACCUCCUCGACCUCCUCGAGGAUUCCGACCCCGAUCCCGCCGCCCAGGAUCUGGAUUCCGUCAUCAAGAGUUUCGCCGAGGAGAUCUCCCCGGUCUCCUCGCCGCCACUGCCGCCCGCCGCCGAGUCCUUGCCGGAGCUCGGCUACCUUCUGCUGGCGUCCGACGACGAGCUCGGCCUGCCGCCGUCGGACGGCUCCACCAGCCACGCGCCGGAACCCUCGUCGGAGAUCGGAGAGAUUUGGGGAUUUGAGGAUCCGAUUCCGGGUUACGACUCGUUCGAGUUGGGGGAGGGAGAGAGAUUUUACGGCAACGAGACGGAAUAUGUGGCGUUCGAUGGACUGUUUGAACAUUCCGAUGUGUACUCCGUUUUCUCGUGACGGCGAACAAAGCUCCGCCGCCGAAGUAGGAGGAAAGAGAGAAUUACUUUUUAUCUCUGAAAUGAAAAUAUAAAAACCCACACCCAUCUGUAAAUCUUUUUUUUUUUAUUAUUUUUAAUUAAUUCCAUCACAGAAAAAUGAAAUAGGGGUAGCCAGAUUUUAAAACCACCACAUAAAUUAUUAUUAUUAUUUUUACUA